GUGGCAUGGUUAAGAUGGUGAAAUAGAAACAAAAAAAUAUAUCGGCAAUUGGAAAUUUGGUGUAAAUCUGUGAAACGAAUUUAACGACAAGUUGUGAUUGAAAAGAAGAGGAAAAUAUAUAUUUAAACUACAAAUUGUGGAAGAAGUGUGGAAAAAAAACUAAAAAAUGUGAAUGAGUGUAUUUGAAUUUUAUAAAAAAAAAACUUUAAACUAUAAAUAAAUACUACAAAAAAAUAAUAAAAAAUAAUAAUAUAAUAAUCGCAGUUAUUUAAAAAAUAAAAAAUGCAGUCUUUUAAGUCGGAAGAACUGCCAGAGAAUCCUCGCGAAUCGGCAAAUCCCUUAUCGGCAAUAAUGUUUUGUUUUACCAUGCCAACAUUUUUCAAGGGACGCAAAAAAACUUUAGAUGAAUCAGAUCUUUUUCGAGCACUCAAGGAACACAAGUCGGGUAAAUCCUUGGGUCACAAGCUGAGUCAUGCCUGGGAAGAAGAACUAGCGAAGCGUCGCCAGGGCAAAGAACCAAGUUUGGUCAAGACCAUUAUGCGAGUUUUUGGUCCGCAUUAUUUGAUGUUGGGUUUUUUUCUCUUUUUAACCGAAAUAUUUCUAAAAUGUUCCCAACCGCUGUUUUUGGGUGCUCUUGUCUCAUAUUAUGCCGAUGCCGAAGCUGAUAAAUCAGAUCAAACGAAACCAUUUCUCUACGCUUUAGGUGUUAUUUUGGCCAGUGCCGGAAGUGUUGCAUCCAUGCACCCCAACAUGUUGGGUAUCAUUCACACGGGUAUGAAAGUUCGUGUGGCACUUUGUAGCAUGAUUUAUCGCAAGGCCUUGCGUUUAAGUAAAGGUGCCAUGGCCAACACAACAUCGGGUCAAAUGGUCAAUCUGAUAUCGAAUGAUGUGGGUCGGAUGGAUACAUCGGUGUUUCACAUGAAUUAUAUUUGGAUUGCGCCAUUGGAAUUAAUUCUGGUUACUUAUUUUAUGUAUCAAGAGAUUGGUGCCAGUUCCCUGAUAGGCAUUGCUGUGAUGUUACUUUUCGUGCCCAUACAAGGUUUUUUGGGCAAGAAGACCUCCGUUUUGCGGUUGCGCACCGCCCUCUGCACGGAAGAACGUGUACGUCUGAUGAACGAAAUCAUUUCCGGCAUUCAAGUGAUAAAAAUGUAUGCCUGGGAAAUUCCAUUCGGAAAAAUGGUCGACUAUGUUCGCCGUAAAGAAAUGAAGGCGAUACGAUAUGUCAACUAUAUUCGAGGCAUCAUGGGUUCCUUCAUCAUGUUCAUAUCGAGAAUUUCCGUCUUCAGCAGUUUGGUUUCGUAUGUUUUACUGGGAUAUUUCCUAACCGCACAGCAGGCAUUUAUGGUUACGGCUUUUUAUGAUUUGCUAAGAAUCACAAUGACCGUUUAUUUCCCCAUGGCCAUUACACAAAUUGCCGAAAACUUAGUGUCAUUCCGAAGAAUACAGAAAUUUAUGCUGCUGGAUGAGGUUAAGGGAACGGAAAGUAACUUAACGCCAGCUAUUGUCAGUGAAAAUGGAAAAAAGAUUGAAGUCAAUGCAAACGCUGUCAAGGAACCUGGCAUUGUGAUAGACAAUUUUACCGCCAAAUGGAAUUCAGCAUCAACUGAAAAUAAUUUGGAGAAUAUAACGCUGGAAUUUAAGCCAAAACAAUUGAUAGCUGUUGUUGGUCCAGUGGGUUCAGGAAAAUCGACAUUAAUACAAUCCAUACUCGGAGAGUUACAACCCUCAUCGGGUUCCAUCACAGUUAAUGGAACUGUUUCCUAUGCCUCACAAGAACCUUGGCUCUUCACUGGGACAGUACGUCAAAACAUACUUUUCGGUCAACCGAUGGACAAGAAACGUUACAACUUGACAGUGAAGAAAUGUGCCCUGGAAAGAGAUUUUGAGCUACUGCCCUAUGGAGACAAGACCAUUGUGGGGGAACGUGGUGCCUCAUUGUCGGGUGGUCAGAAGGCUCGUAUAAAUUUGGCACGAGCUGUUUAUCGUCAGGCGGAUAUUUACCUGUUAGACGAUCCACUCUCUGCAGUGGAUACACACGUUGGGCGCCAUCUUUUCGAUCAAUGUAUGCGUCAGUAUUUACGUGAUCGCACCGUUGUUCUCGUUACCCAUCAGCUGCAGUUUUUGGAACAAGCUGAUGUCAUAGUCAUCUUGGAUAAGGGACAGUUAAGAGCUGUGGGCACUUAUGAAUCGAUGCGUCAAAGUGGUUUUGAUUAUGCUCAACUAUUGCUGAGCAAUGGUGAUGAUGAGAAGGAGCAAAACGAAGCGAAAGAGAACUCCGAUGGUAAAAUUGAUGAUGAUCGAGAUGCUCAAAAAAUGAAACGUCAAAAUAGUAGACAACGACAUACAAGUGUUACCUCUUUUGCCUCGACGGUGGAGUCAGUACAGGAAGUGGCGCCCAAGCAAGUGGAAGAAUCCAGAGAACAUGGAGAAAUCGGUUGGAAAUUGUAUGCGAAAUAUUUUAGUAGUGGUGGUAGCUAUAUAACCUUGGCAAUAAUGGUAAUACUGUGUGUUGGCACCCAGGCAAUUGGUUCGGGUGGUGAUUAUUUCUUGUCUUAUUGGGUCAACAAAAAUGAAAACAAGUUGCACGAAGUCGAUGCUCGCGCAAAAAUUCAAACUGAUCCUGUGGAUAUUUACAUUUUUUCCGCUAUUAAUGUGGCCAUCGUCAUUGUGGCCAUGCUGCGUAGUUUCAUGUUCUUCAAUUUGGCCUCGAAAUCAUCGACACGACUCCACAACGAUAUGUUUGUUAGUGUAACGCGCACCAGCAUGUAUUUCUUCAAUACAAAUCCAUCGGGUCGCAUUUUGAAUCGUUUCUCCAAGGAUAUGGGUCAGGUGGAUGAAAUAUUGCCACAAGUCAUGAUGGAUGUUAUACAAAUAUUUUUGGGCUUGUUGGGUAUUGUGAUAAUCCUGGCUAUUGUCAAUCCUUGGAAUAUUUUGGCCACAGUUAUAAUGUUCGUCAUUUUCUACUUUUUGCGUUCGUUCUACUUGAAGACAUCGCGUGAUGUCAAACGUCUGGAGGCCAUAACUCGUUCCCCGAUUUACACCCACUUGGGGGCAUCAUUGAAUGGCCUUGCCACCAUACGAGCCUUUGAAGCCCAGGAUAUACUAAUACAAGAAUUCGACAACUAUCAAGACACCCACAGUUCCGGCUACUACAUGUUCUUGACGACAAGUCGUGCCUUUGGCUAUUGGCUAGAUUGUUGUUGUGUCCUCUAUCUCGCCAUCAUUACUCUGAGUUUUCUGCUCUUCUCUCCAGAGAAUGGAGGUGAUGUUGGCUUGGCCAUUACGCAAGCAAUGGGUUUAACCGGCAUGGUACAAUGGGGUAUGCGUCAGUCGGCCGAGAUGGAAAACACCAUGACAUCUGUGGAACGUGUUGUGGAAUAUGAGAGCAUUGAACCAGAGGGAGAACUUGAAUCCGAGCCCAAUAAGAAACCACCCAAAUCAUGGCCCGAGGAGGGUAAAAUUACCUUCGACAAUUUGAGCUUGCGUUAUGCCCCCGAUCCCAAAUCGGAAUAUGUUUUGAAAUCAUUGAAUUUCAAUAUACAACCAUGCGAUAAAGUGGGAAUUGUGGGCCGGACAGGUGCUGGCAAGUCGUCUUUGAUUAAUGCCCUUUUCCGUUUGUCUUACAAUGAUGGUUCAAUUGUCAUUGAUAAGAGGGAUACCCAGGAUAUGGGUCUGCAUGAUUUGAGAUCGAAAAUUUCAAUUAUACCUCAGGAACCGGUGUUGUUUUCGGGUACCAUGCGCUACAAUUUGGAUCCAUUCGAUGAGUAUUCCGAUGCCAAACUGUGGGAGGCCUUGGAAGAGGUCAAACUCAAACAAGUUGUGGCCGACAUGCCCAAUGGCCUACAUGCCAAAAUCUCGGAGGGUGGCACCAAUUUCAGUGUGGGCCAGCGCCAGUUGGUCUGCCUGGCCCGUGCCAUUUUACGUGAAAAUCGGAUUCUUGUCAUGGAUGAAGCCACCGCCAAUGUAGAUCCCCAGACGGAUGCCCUCAUUCAAACCACCAUACGUCAUAAAUUCCAAAAUUGCACCGUACUCACGAUAGCCCAUCGUCUGCAUACCGUCAUGGAUUCUGAUAAGGUGUUGGUCAUGGAUGCUGGCCGAGCUGUGGAAUUUGGUUCACCCUAUGAAUUGCUGAGUGAAUCCAAGGUGGGCAUUUUCCUGGGAAUGGUAAAGCAGACGGGGCAAGCGACAUUUGAGAAUUUAUUCCAAGUUGCCCAAAAGGCACAUGAGAAAAAAUCACAAAGCAAAAAGCACCAAUAGUAAUGGUGCAGUGACCGCAAGUCGGAAUGUCUUGGGAAUCGAAACAGGAAAACGGACAAUUUAUUUUCCGAUUUGUUGUAAAAAUGAAUUUAAAGCAAAACAAGUUAUAACGUGAACAAUACGUAAAAAUUAGUGCAAAGAUAAGAAAACAUAAUUCCUUUUUUAGUUUUAGUUUUUUAACCUUCUUAUGCUAAAUUUGUCUCUUUCGACCUUUAGUAUACUCUGUCUCUG